GUCCCUCACCCACGUUGCCCUCGUGAUGAGCCUCUAUAAAUAGUCGACAAUCCGUAAAUCUAACCAAGAUUCCUUUCCUCUUCUCGGAGUUUCGGCAAGUCGUUCGAGAUGGCUCGUACAAAGCAAACAGCGCGUAAAUCUACGGGUGGCAAGGCUCCAAGGAAGCAGCUCGCCACCAAGGCUGCACGCAAGUCAGCACCAACAACAGGAGGCGUGAAGAAGCCACACCGAUACAGGCCCGGAACAGUUGCUCUUCGUGAAAUCCGCAAGUACCAGAAGAGUACUGAACUGCUCAUCAGGAAACUCCCAUUCCAGAGGCUUGUUCGUGAAAUUGCUCAGGAUUUCAAGACUGAUUUGAGAUUCCAGAGCCAUGCUGUUUUGGCUUUGCAAGAGGCAGCUGAAGCUUACCUUGUUGGCUUGUUUGAGGACACUAAUCUUUGUGCUAUCCAUGCCAAGCGUGUUACUAUCAUGCCUAAGGAUAUCCAGCUCGCCAGGAGGAUUCGUGGUGAGAGGGCUUAGGUGUUGAAAGCAAGCUGUAAUUUCUUAUUUUAUAUGUGUGUGAUCAAUAAUGACUUAUAGGCACUUCUAAAAUGUUUGAAGGUUUGCUGUUGAAUUCUCAUUAAUCUAAUAGCAUUGACGUUGUUAAACA